CAAAUCGGCACGAAAAUCAAAUCGCGAUAGGAAAAUUUAACUUUUUCACAUUUUCUUUUCGCUUUUCACACAGACAAAAUCCCGUAACGUGCGUGAAAAAUUGCCGGCGAAUCACUUGCUGCGGUCCAAAAAUCAGUAAAAACCCGCAAAAGAUCGUUUAAAGCAAAAGUGAAACCGAUAAAAGCAGCAUUUCUGGGUGUAUCAAUCGCAUUGCAUCCCCAUUUCAUCUGUUCAAAAAGGUAUCGAACGAUGUUGACAAAAACACUUGUCUAAAUUUUCGUAAAAAAAUAUACUACAACGUUACAAGUUCUUUUGCUGAACCUUCAGUCGACUGUUCUAAAUUAUCCUACACAGACACAUAAAAAAAUAUGGAUUUCAAUAAACAUUCUGCCACAAGUCAUGGUCCGAUAAUAGGCACAAUUAAGGGUAUCAGACAAUAUUGGAAGGAGAAUUUACGGCCCACAAUGAAUUCGACGUCAAAACACUUGUUGCAUUGCUUUCUGCUGUUCGCCGUCGUGCUGUUUUGCGAAAUUUUCGCCGGCGGCAUCAAAAUCAGCGAGAAUUCCUUCGUCGUCGUCGAUCCGUGGGCAGAAUAUGGCACUUUCGUAACCAUUUUGCUGUAUUCGCUGCGACUUUUGACGUUUUUAACGCUGCCCCAAGUAUUAUUCAACUUUUGCGGUUUAGUUUUUUACAACGCUUUCCCCGAAAAAGUCACGUUAAAAGGAAGUCCCUUGCUGGCACCAUUUAUUUGCAUCAGAGUCGUGACGCGUGGCGAUUAUGCGGAUUUGGUGAAGUCCAAUGUGCUGCGUAACAUGAACACUUGUCUCGAUACGGGUCUCGAGAAUUUCCUCAUCGAAGUAGUGACAGACAAGGCACUGAAUUUGGCGAAUCAUCGGCGAAUUCGCGAAGUUGUCGUGCCAAAAGACUACAAAACGAAGAGCGGAGCGUUGUUCAAGUCGCGCGCCUUGCAAUAUUGCCUCGAAGAUUCCGUCAAUGUACUUAACAAUAACGAUUGGAUAGUGCAUUUGGACGAAGAAACGCUUCUGACGGAGAAUAGUGUGCGGGGAAUUAUUAAUUUUGUGCUCGAUGGAAAACAUCCCUUUGGACAGGGACUUAUUACGUAUGCCAAUGAGAAUGUGAUCAAUUGGUUGACGACGUUGGCGGAUAGUUUUCGCGUGUCUGACGACAUGGGAAAGUUGCGGUUGCAGUUCAAGAUGUUCCAUAAACCCUUUUUCAGCUGGAAAGGAAGUUAUGUUGUGACACAGAUGCAUGCCGAACGCGCAGUAAGUUUCGACAACGGCGUCGACGGAUCCGUGGCAGAAGAUUGCUUUUUCGCGAUGCGCGCCUUCGCUCAAGGCUACACCUUCAACUUUAUCGAGGGCGAGAUGUACGAAAAGUCUCCCUUUACGUUGAUGGAUUUUCUGCAGCAACGAAAACGCUGGCUCCAAGGCAUCCUGCUUGUCGUGCACUCGAACAUCAUUCCCGUGAAACACAAAAUCCUCCUCACAAUCAGCGUGUAUUCGUGGGUGACACUGCCACUGACGACGUCAAAUGUAUUUUUAGCGGGCCUGUAUCCGAUUCCGUGUCCGUACAUCAUUGACUUCAUUUGCGCCUUCAUUGGGGGCUUCAACGUCUACAUGUACAUCUUCGGAGUGAUCAAGAGUUUUUCCCUUUACCGCUUUGGAUUGAUAAAAUUCUUUGCAUGCGUGCUGGGAGCCGUUUGCACGAUACCUGUGAACGUCGUGAUCGAAAAUGCCGCCGUCGUUUGGGGCUUACUUAGUAAAAAACAUAAAUUUUAUGUUGUACAAAAAGAUAUCUCAUCAUUAGUUACUGUUUAGAGGCAUAAGUUUAAAUUAUUAUUAGCGAACGGAACUUAAUUUAAUUUUUUUUUUGUGAAAAAAAUAUUAAAAAAUAAUUUAAAAAAUAUUCAUAAGUAAAAAAAAAGACAAGAAAAAAAAUUAAAAAAUACAAAAAUUAAUUUU